AUGACCAGCAGCAAUGCCACCGAAAGCAUUGGUACUAGCAGUGUGCCGAAGAGGGUGGUGGCGAAACUGAUCCACCGCAAUUCUAUCCGAUCGCCACUCUAUGACCCUAGUCAUACUGACAUUGAUUGUGCCAAGUUCGCUCUAGAAAAUUCCAUUGCACGCUUUGCCAUGAUUGAGCAGAAGAUGAAGAGCUGCAAGGUAAACGUGCCGUGCUCAGACAACAUUCAAGCGAACCUACGUGCAAAAAAAUUUGUGGCCGUGUUCUUUGUGGAGUUUUACAUAAAAGACACAUCUCACCCCGUGCUUGCGGUCAUGGACACUGGAAGUACCCUUCUCUGGGUUCAUUGCAUUCCUUGUGAAAAUUGUGCUCAAGCCUCUGUCCCGAUAUACAAUCCUAGCACAUCCUCAACGUAUACAAAUGUAUCUUGCCUGUCAGAAUAUUGUGACACUUUACAUCAUCCGACAUGUGAUGAGCGCAAAAACUGCAAGUACGUGGUAGAAUAUGUAGGCGCACCCCGAACAGAAGGGAUACUUGCCAGAGAGUCACUCAUAUUUGACACUUCCGAUGAAGGGCUACUAACCAUACCAAAUGUCAUCUUCGGUUGCAGUCAUGAGAGUAGGGAGAAGCCAGAUUCAGUUAUGGGAGUGUUUGGACUAAAUAGUAAUAAGUUGUCUGUAGCUACCCAACUAGGAAACAAAUUCUCCUAUUGUGUUGGAAAAGUUAAAGAUCCUUCCUAUGAAUACAACCAGUUAAUUUUAGGGGAAGGGGCCAUCCUUGAGGGUGACUCAACACCCCUAGAUCUAUAUAAGGGUUUCUACUUUGUCACUUUGGAAGGGAUAAGUCUAGGAGGAGCUCUGCUUGAUAUUCCUAGAGCUGUAUUCGAGCGAACAGCUUCAGGAAAUGGUGGGGUCAUGAUCGACUCGGGAGGAGAGAGCAGUGUUUUAACCCAACGAGCGUACGAGGAGCUUGCCGACGCGGUAAGAGAGAUGUCGGAGCUGAAAAGUUGGUUCAAGCGCGAUGAAGAUUUCAAUGCAUUGUGCUUUGAAGGUGAUGUUAACAAGGACACCAAGGGAUUUCCUGUCGUCACUUUCCAUUUUAGUGGCGGUGCCGAGCUGGGAUUAGAGGCAGACAGCUUGUUCUCUCAAUCUUCAUUGACGUAUUUCUGCAUGACGGUGAUGGAAAGUCCCAGUGACUACUCCGUGAUUGGAAUGAAUGCUCAGCAGUUCUAUAACAUGGAAUACGACAUUUCAGGGAAAAAAAUGUACUUGAGGAGGAUGGACUGCGAACUCCUCGAUGAAUGAUGGGUUUCAGAAGCAUCAUCUUGGCCAUUAGCCCGCUGGUUUUAAACUGUCGCUUUCUUCUUUGGCUUCUAGCUCAGUUUAUGCAAUCACCUUUCCCAACAUGCACACACUUUGCAGUUAUUACAUUGGCUGUAACUCCUUCUAACAUUCUUUUUUUCCCUUUCUGUUUAUGUCAGACUAUAUUUCUUUCUGCGUUUUCGGUUUCUUUUCAUUCUGUAAGGUUUCGCAUGGCUCUCUAUUCAUACAGAACUAGCU